UUACAUUAAUUCAUUAUAUCCGAUCAUUAUUACAUACACACACAAAAACACACACAUAUAUAAAUAUAUAUAUAUAUAUCAAUCACCUAUACUAGCUAGCUAGGCAAGGCAUAAACGUAACAUGGCUGAAGAUAGUACUGCUGAUCAUACUCCUCCCGAGGGCGCAGAGACGACAGAACAGGCGCCGCCGACAGAACAGGCGCCGCCGCCACCGCCGCCGCCACCGCCGCCGGCUGAGCCAAUGACAAUCGCCGACGAAAAAGCCCUUCCGCCGCCGCCGCCACCGCCUCCACAAGAAGACCCAGAGGCUCAGUCUCAAGCGCCGCGCAAGAAGAAGAGCUUUAGUGAACUUUUUACUUUGAGAAACAUUGUGAAUUUGGUAUCCAUUUUGGCCUUCAUUCUGACAAUCCCAAUCAUGUUCACAGUGAUAUAUUUGGUAUACAUCGGACGGUACGAGUGCGAGAAUCUACUGAGUCUACCCAGGUUACAAUUGGGCAUAGCCAUUUUCUUGGCGGUGGUGUUCGUGGUGAGCAACCUGGUGGUCUACUACAGAUCCCGGUUUCCGAUCACCGGAGUACUGGUGGUGAUGAUCUCAUUGCUCAUCAUCCUGGUGGUCGGGCUUAGCCUCGUGGGAGCUUACAAAGUGGAGUCCAGCAAAAUCCUUGGCUCUCCUCCUUGGAUCAAAGCCAAGAUGCACGAUGACGAUGACUGGUCCGGGAUCAGGUCUUGCAUAUACGAAACCAGAACAUGCAAGGAUUUGAUCUCCAGAUCCUACCUACUCAAAUCCUAUGAUUUCACCCCUAAUAAGCUCACAUUCAUUGAGGGGGGUUGCUGCGUUCCGCCGCCGAUCUGCAACAUGGAGUACGUGAACGUGACCUACUGGAGGUUGCCGGCGAAUGAAACGCAGGAGAGCAGCGAUCUGUACAUCAGCGACUGCAAUCUGUGGCGGAACAAAGAGAGCGUUUUGUGCUACGACUGCAAUGCGUGUAAAGAUGGGUACUUCAAAACCUUGGAGGAGAAAUGGCUGCGUCUCGGCACUUUCCUCAUCACCAUUUCUCUGCUACUCGCCACCGCGCAUCUCUUGCUCUUUGUCGCUACAAUGUGGGAUCAAUAUGCAGCCUAGCUAGCUAGAUUGAAUUGAAUUGGCAAUAUAUAUAAAAUGCAAUUUCCAGAUUGCAUUGGCCCGCCCGCCCGUACCCAGCAGGGUUUCAUUCGCUUUGAUCUUUAAUUUCUGCAGCAUUCUUGCAUUCACUUCCUCAAGAAGUGGUUCAUUGGAAUGAAUUGACAGUGACAAUCAAACCAAACAUGUUUUAUGACAA